UACCUGGUGGGGCGUACACUCCCCCGCACCCCACCCCGCUGCUCCCGGGGCAAAAUCUGAGUCCGUUUCUGAAUAUGGGGCUAAUUUCUUUACAUGAGUGAAAACUCCGCAUUUGAGCGGACCCAGCCGCAAACUCUAUCAUCCCCCAGUGGGAGAGGCUGCGACCCCGGCGCUUAGCUCCCAGGUCAAAGGGAAGGGGCCAGGCUCGGAGUACGCCCAGAGCACAAGCCAGGCACGAGCAGAGCUGCACCGCGAGGGGCUCCGGCAGCUCGGGGCCCGCGGCAGCGCAACGCAGCGCCGCCCCCGCCGCCGAGCACUACAUUUCCCACAGAGCUGCGCGCGCCGCCAGCCCUCCGCGCCCCGCCUUGGCGAAGGGGCCUCUGGGAAUUGUAGUCCCAGGCCGAGGAAGGGGAAGAUGGCGGUGCCCAAGGCCGCGGUGGCGCUGAGGCACGUGAAGAGCGUCAUGGUCCGGUUCUGCCCUUUCCAGACCAACGUGGAAACCACACGAAUAUUUCUUGAGCAUGUAAGCAGUAAAAAAGCUCGUGCCUCCAAUAUCAACUGUGUAGUGACAACAGAUGUAAGGCACGAUGGAUCUGAACCAGUUGUAGACAUCAUGUUUGCUGAUGGAGACAGAUUGAUAAUGAAAGGAGCCAACUUGACAGCAGCAGAAAUGUUAUCAGCUUUCAACUCAAGAUGCAUAGCAAAAGACCUUAAGGCAGAAGAGAAAACUAAGAAAAAGAGUGCUUGAAGAUCAAAGAAACAAUUAUGUUUAAAAUUGUUUAGGCAUGUGAAAAGCAAUGAGCAGCUUUUGUCAUCAGAACUACAUAGGAAACUUCACUGAUAACUGACAUGAAAUCUUAAAAAGAGAUAUGGACAAAAUGCUGGCCAGUUCAACAUACAGCUGAAUGAUUCGUAGAAAUAUAUAUUUUUCCUGAGGAAAAUAUAAUGGAGAAGCUAAAAUCAUUAAUUCUGGCAGGGUCGGCAAGUCUUGGAUGCAUAAAUAAAUUCCUCUAGCCAUAUACACAAACCGUCAAUCUCUUGACCAUGCACACACUGGAUCAAUGCCAUGCCUAUUUGUAUAUUAAUAUGAAUAAUGAAGAUGAGCCUAAUAAAUUUGUUACAAAUGGAAAAA